AUGAAGCGAAUGCUUUCAAUUUUUCUCCUCUGUGGAGUUUUGGCGGUAAAUGGAGCACCAUCAAGCAAUGCUAAAGCCACCUUCUCCGACGCCUUCGUUCGUAAAUACUUUCCAACAAUAUUCGCCUCAACUGAAGCACCAAAUGCAACAAAUUGUUUGAAUAAAGUAUUCACAAAUUACGAAUUAAAACAACAUAUCCAUGUGAAAUGUGAUGAGACUGAUGGAUUGGACACUUGUUCUGGCAUCACUUUUGUCUCUCAUGAUGAUAAAGCUAUUGUAAUGGCUUUUAGAGGUACUUAUGGAAAGCUGCAAUUGCUCGUGGAAUCCGAGGAGAUUAUGUAUAGAAAUAAAACUGCUUGGUACGGAGGCGGAAGUGUUGGAUUCUAUUUCGCCCAUGCGUUCAAUUUGAUCUGGAAUGCUGGCAUGAAGAAUGAUGUUGGUGGUCACUCCCUCGGCGGCUCCCUAGCUGCUCUCGCUUCCAACUUUCUUAUCUCCAAUGGUCUCGCAACGUCAUCAAACCUCAAAAUGAUAACAUUCGGAGAGCCACGUACAGGAGAUAAGACAUUCGCUGAUACUGUAGACUCCUUGGUACCGUACUCCUUCCGAGUGAUCCAUAAAAAAGAUAUCGUUCCACAUAUUCCUUUAAACGGUAUGGAAGGAUUUCACCACCAUAAAGCAGAGAUAUGGUAUGAUAAUGAUAUGUCAAGAGCCACCUACAAAGAAUGUGAUUCACAAGAGAGCCCAUUCUGUUCGGAUAGUCAUUUGGAUUAUAUGAUUGCUGAUCAUCAUCAUUACUAUGGAAUGUAUAUGUCUUAUUAUGGAAGAAGAAACUGCACUGGGGAUCCGGCUAAUUGA